GUGAAGUGCAGAGUGGUCUGUUUUUAUUCCACAAGGUGGAUUACUGUUAGGUGACAAACUGGAAGUUAUUAUUUGAAAGCAACUGUCAUUUCUAUAGGUAUAGGUUGAGGGUGGACAUAUCUGUCAGUUAGUCAGGAUUGUGAUUCUGUACACUGGAACUCAGCAUGGUGGCAUACAAGGUUACCGUGACGACUGGAGAUUUGUUACUAGAUGGCACACGCGAUCAUGUCUUCAUCAUCCUCUAUGGAACGGAGGGAAAGAGUGAGCGCAAGAAACUCAAUGAUGCCCCGGAGCUGGGCAGUGGUGUGGAAAAGCAGUACAAUGUGGAGUGCCCCGCCUCCCUGGGUAAGGUGAUUAUGAUUGGCUUGGACAAGGAGGCAUAUCUCUUCUUGCCAGAUGAUGAUUUGUUCUGUGUAAUGGUGAAAGUGGAGACGCCCGAGAAUGAAACACUACAUUUCCCAUGCUACUCGUGGGUCAUGGAAAGACAGCUCCUACUGGUUCGUGAGGGGAAAGCAAUGACUCGGAAGAAUGACACAAUUCCUGCCCUUUUGGAGCACCGGCUAAAAGAGCUGGAGGUGCGAAAACAACAAUAUGAGUGGAAAGAGCUAGUGGAGGGUCUACCUCACUGCUUGGCACUAGACAACACUGAGGCACUUCCUGCUGAGGUCCGUUUCUCCCUUGACAAGCGCAUGGACUUCCUGCUCACCGCUAAGACCACGAUUGCUGAACUCAAGAUUAAAUUCCUAGCUAACAGCAGGAAGCCAUGGGGCAAGCUGGAGGAUAUAGCACAGGUCUUCUGGUUCAACAAGACCAAAACAUCUGACUAUGUGCGUCAACACUGGAAAGAGGACGAGUUCUUCGGGUACCAGCUUCUCAACGGCGCCAACCCCAUGAUGAUCCAACAAUGCCAGGAGCUUCCACAAAAGUUUGCGGUCACUGCCGACAUGGUGCAACCCUUUCUGGAAGGAAGUGUGCUACCAGUAGAGUUACAGGUAUGAAAGAAGUAUGCUACCAGUAGAGUUACAGGUAUGAAGGAAGUAUGCUACCA